AUGAAAACAGCUAUUGGAUUAUCUCCUUUUCAAAUGGUUUAUGGAAAGGCAUGCCACAUUCCGGUGGAGAUGGAACAUCGGGCUCUGUGGGCUUUAAAAUUCUUGAAUUAUGAUUCUUGUGACACUGCAGAAAAAAGGAGAAGGCAAAUUAUUGAGCUUGAAGAGAUGCGGUUGCACGCCUAUGAUUCUUCAAAAAAUUACAAAGAAAAGGUGAAAUUUUAUCAUGACAAGAAGCUAGUAAAAAAAGUCUUUAAUCCAGGACAGCAGGUACUAAUGUUCAAUUCACGACUGAAACUUUUCCCUGGAAAGUUGAAGUCCAAGUGGUCUGGUCCAUUUAUGAUCAAGAAUGUUCUUCCACAUGGAGCAGUUGAGUUAAUAGAUCCAGCAUCUGAAGAUCCACAAAGAAGUUGGGUUGUCAAUGGACAACGUCUCAAGCAUUAUUUGGGUGGUGAGGUGGAAUCCCUUUGCACAGUCAUGGAGUUGGUUGAUCCAGAUUGA